AGGCGCAACAAUAACACGCGAGCGGAUUUCGGUGUUCUUAAACACUUAUCUCUUUUUUAACAGAUAUUUUUUCAGAUAUUUCAUUCUUCAUUAUGUCUCAGCAGGCAGGUUAUUCGCCCAGCUUCAAGCGCCCGGCUGAAAUAAUGCGAAUGAGGAGGAAAAGAACCCGAAGCGACGCCGGUGUUUUCUCCAGUCCGAGCGGCCAGGAAAGCACCGACAGUCCCAGACAAAGCGGCUCUUCCCCGGCAUGUGUUCGUCCUUUCUCCCCAGGACCGCUUUUCAACACUCAGCACCGCUCCGGAGGUGGAAUUAAACGCAGAAACCCGUUUGCAAAUAUUGAAAACACUUACAGCCCGAAAAAGAAAAUCCUGAUUUAUAGCGACGACGGGAAUGCUGAAGCCGACGUGUCAACACAGAAAGAGUGUCAAGGAGUUUUGUCUUUCAGCGCAAGUUUGACAGAGGCAGAAAAGCAUGAACACCAGGAUAUUUCCAGCAAGAAGUGUCUCAAUUUCUCUGAGGAUGACUCUCUGUUUGAAGAAGAGGAAGCAGAUAUUAAAAGUCCAUUACUGAAGAGUCCUCAGUCCAUUGCUCCUGCCUCUAUAGCUCCCCCGGUCUGCACUGAGUAUCCAGCCGAUUGGAGCCUGAAGACUCGCCUCCUCUUCACCUCCCCGCUCUCCUUAUCGUGGGCUGAGCAGCCCAAAGCCCAGGAGGAAGCUCUGGGGCUGAGCCAGCACUGCAGAGCUCAGUUUAGCACCCUUCCUCACAGUAUACAGGACCCCAGGUCCUGCUCAGAGCUUCGUUGCGCCUUCCAGCAGAGUCUGGCCUACUGGCAGCAUCCCUCCCUGCCCUGGAUCUCUCUGUUUCCUCGGAUCAACGCCGAGAGGAGCUUCACGGGGAAAAGCACCCCCUGGGCACAAGAUACAUCACUGCAGCAGAGUCUCAUGAGCGAAUGGGCAGUCAGUCUGUCAUCUCUCUACAGUCUACUGAAGACCAAAUUGUGUCCGUACUUCUACCUCUGUUCUUAUCAGUUCACAGUCUUGUUCAGGGCAGCAGGUCUUGGGGGUUCUGGUACUAUCACAGCCUUGAUUUCUCCUACAACCCGUGGUCUCAGAGAGGCAAUGAAGGCUGAAGGCAUAGAGUUUAGUCUCCCUCUAGUGGAGGAGAGGAAGAAGAGCAAAGACCAGGAAGAGAAUGAGGAGGAGGUUGAUGAGGACAGGUGUCCUGAGCUGAAGGACGGUGCGAACUGUGAAGAAGGCGACGGGGACGUCAAGGAGGGAUACAAUGAUGAUGAAGACGGAGAUUUCUCCUGGCUGAAGGAGAUGGGAGUCCAGGACAAAAUCAAAAAGCCAGACAGCAUCUCCAUCCAACUUCGGAAAGAGGGUCACACCGUGUCCCUGGACCACAAACCAGAGUCUGUGGUGUGCGUGGAGGGACCUCACACUUUCACCCUCAUUAACUUCCUCAUUAAUUGCAAGAGUCUGGUGGCGGCAGCCGGGUCCCAGGCUGGGUUGCCGCCAACGCUGUUGGCCCCCGUUGCUUUUAGAGGGGCAACAAUGCACACACUGAAGGCCCGCAGUGUGAACGUGAAAAGCCAGGUGGGUUCCACCUACCAGAACAUCAGCAGUCUGGAGAUCACAGGACCCAUCCUCCCCUCCUCUCUCCACGCCAUCACAGCUCUCCUCCGGCCCUCGCAGAGAGGAAACUUCUCAGCCACGCUUUACACACACACACCCACGGCUGUCAUGAACAUACACACCGCCAAGCAACAGUGCUCUAGCGGGUCGGUGGACCUGUCUGGUUGUGGUCUCAGUCCCGCUUCAGUCCAGCAGCUGCAGCAGCCCUCCAACCUGGGCAAGACUGCUCUGACACACAUCAACAUGAACAACUACAGUUACACCUGGAAGAACUGAAGGGGAAGUGUUACUGUGUGUUUUCCUGGAACUAUCAUCAGCUGUCUACAAACUGGAAGGUGUGUGACUGAAACAUCUGCUCUCUUACACUAUUUCCAAAACAAAUUUUAUUACAUUGUAUUGUAUGUUUGUUUGUUUUUUAUCUUUUUAAAAUGCAUUUUAUUUUGAAGAAAGUUGAUUUUCUUUUCCCAUCCACUUUUUUUUUAACUAAAUUAAAUUAUUGCUGCACUGCAACAUGUUUUGAGGUACUGUUCUUAGACUGGAUUGCUGAUUCCAUGUGGAAUUUAUUAAGUGUCUGUGAAGUCACAUUUCCAGAAUAAAUGCUGA